AUGGCAUCAAAUACCGACAUCGUUCUGUACGACAUUUACUCUCGCGAGCCAUGUCGUGCAUGGUCUCCCAAUACCUGGAAGAUCCGUCUGAUGCUUAACUACAAAUCCCUCCCCUACACCACCCACUGGCUGGAAUAUCCCGAGAUAGCCCCAUUCCUGAGUCAGCUUGUCCUUCCCAAUGAGCCCCCCGCCAAUGCCCCUUACACCGUCCCCGCCGCCCGUUUUCCUGACGGUGGGUAUCUGAUGAACUCCGUUGCCAUUUCCCAGCGUCUCAACAAGGACUACCCUGAUCCGCCGCUGCACCUCGACACCCCCUACCAUAAAAAGGUCAUCGAGCUGCUGUCAAAGUUCACGGAAGAGUUGGAAGCGGUCUACAUACCUGCCGUUCCGCGAGAGCUCUUGAACCCGCCUUCAGCGGAGUACUUUUACCGCACACGCCAGGAGAUGGUCGGGGCCCCGCUGCCUGACUUCGAGAAAUCCGACAAGGGGGGCGAGAAUGCAUGGAAGGCUGCUGAACCGCAUAUAAAGGAACUGGCGGGAUUGUACAGGGAGAACAGCGGUGGUCCGUUUGUGCUAGGAAAGGACGUGAGCUAUGUGGAUUUCGUGCUUGUGGCCUGGCUCAAGCUGUUUGACUGCAUUGGCAAGUUGGAAGACUUCAAGCGCUGGGGAGGCGAGGAGCUUCUCAACCUCUAUGAUGCUUCGAGGGAGUGGCUGGAGAGAGAAGAGAGACAGUUACUGAAUUAA